AUGUGUGGUCGAUACGUUUUAGCACUGCGCCCGGCGCAAAUUCGCCAGAUGCUACAAGACCAGAACAUGCAGGUUGAUGAAGCUCCAGACGACGAGGGAGAAGGGGCUCCGCGCCAGUCGUACAACUUCGCACCUGGCUACCACGGCGUCGUCUACCGUGCUGAUGUACCGCAUUGGGGUGCUGGACCCCGCCAUCAAGGCAGACAGGCAGCUCCCCCAAAUGAUACGGAACCCGCAGGCAAGGAAGCAGCAGCGCCCUCGGCAUCGCAGGGCGGAGACAGCUCGAAGGAACCCCAUUACAAGCUCCAGUCGAUGAAGUGGGGGCUCAUCCCGUUCUGGACCAAGCGCAACCCGGACUAUGGCAGCAUGAUGAAGACGAUCAACUGCCGCGAUGAUUCACUGGCACAGAGCGGCGGCAUGUGGAGCACGAUGAAGGCGCGCAAGCGCUGCGUAGUCGUCGCGCAGGGGUUCUACGAGUGGCUGAAGAAGGACGGUAGCAAGGAAAAGACGCCGCACUUCGUCAGGCGGAAGGACGGGAGCCUGAUGUGCCUCGCCGGACUCUGGGACGCUGUGCAGUACGAGGGGGACGAGACCGUACAUUAUACGUAUACUAUUAUCACGACGGAUUCGAACAGGCAGUUGAAGUUCCUGCACGAUCGUAUGCCCGUCAUUCUAGAGAACGGUUCGGAAUAUUUGAGGACGUGGUUGGACCCGAAGAGACACGAGUGGUCGAGGGAACUACAGUCGCUGCUCAAACCCUUCGAUGGGGAACUGGAGGUGUAUCCGGUGAGCAAAGAGGUUGGCAAGGUGGGCAAUAAUUCACCCACUUUCAUCGUGCCGCUGGACAGCAAGGAGAACAAGUCAAAUAUUGCCAAUUUCUUCGCCAAGGGUAGCUCUAAGCAGGCGUCAAAGAAGGAGACUCCGAAGAAACAACCCGAGAUCGAAGUGAAGAAAGAAGCUGGGUUCGUGGAGGAGCGCCCUGAGGAUUCUAAGGCGAACAUCGUGGCGGAUGUCGGUGCAAGCCUAGCAAAGAUGGGCGGUGUCAAGCGAGAAGCAGAAUCCCUCGAGGAAGAGGAAGAGCCGCCCAAGAAAGUGACAAGGUCAUCCGGACCGGUCAAAUCGCCAUCGCCGCAGAAAGGAGGAAGGUCCAAAAUCAGUGCCACUAGUAAUGGUACGAAGGCACCGCCGAAGUCGAAACAACCUGGAGCUCAGAAGAUCACCAAGUUCUUUGGCAAUAGUGCAUGA